AGUUCCGCCGCCACUUCGGCAACUUCCGCCGGUUCGGUCGGAAAUGGCCGAAGACGUGCGAGACCCAGCGGUUUAAGGGGAGAAGACCGGCCGGCUUCUCGGAAUAAACCAACUGUGUCCGGCCCGUGGGGGGGGGGGAGCAGGGGAGGGCGGACGGAGCGGGAAGAAGAGGCAGCGGCUAUGGCUCCCCCCCCAGCCACUCGCGGCUCCGCCGGGAGGGCGAAGUGAGGGCGCCGAGAGGCUCCAGACAGAUGAGUAGAGAGCUGGCUGCAGAAGAGGGACAGAUUCCAUUUUGCCAGUUGAUCACCACACACAGAGGGAAACCCUUGAGCUCAGCGCUGGGAGGAGGAAGGGAAGUGCUGAAGGAGUCCAUGUGGGAUGUGGGACAGCUCUGAGCYGAGGAGCCGAGGCACAGCAGUGCUGGUGAAAAAGAGAUUUGGCAAUAGCAGCUGGCUUUCCAAACCUGGACAGAUAAAACACGGGAGCCACUUCCACAUUCCCUGAGAUCCCUCUCCGUUUGCCAGGAGGCGUGGCAGAGGAAUGGCAGAGCUUCAUCCCCGCAGCAGCGAUGAGUGAGACUGACAUCGCUGCGAGUCCCUGCCGGCUCCUUCCUCGCUAUGGCUGCCACCUCUGCAUAUUCAUCGGAUGGUAACGCGGGAUGUCGGCAGCGGCGGUAGAGUUUGGCUCGCUCCCACCGUGUUUUCCUUCUGUCGCCUGCGACUUUGAAUCACCAUGACAACGCUGUGACACUUCCAGCAAAGGUUGCCCGCGGACCACGGGUGGGCUGGGGGUGGGCGAGAAGGUCAAUGCUCGAGCCCGACGGGAUCAAAAGUCGCGCCUGCAGCAAAACGAGCGUGGAAGAAAAGAUGAAAUUCCCCUUCCACUGGCUUYUCGUUGAGCAGGCACAAUAACAUUUCCUUCCGAGAGACUCGCCCUAAGAACUCCUUUGGUUAUGGCUACUGAUCCGACGUGAUUGCGCGCGCGGCAGCUCGGGCACUCAUGACUGGCUAUACGAUGUUGCGCAAUGGGGGAGUGGGGAACGGAGGCCAGCCCUGGGUGUUGAGGUGGUCCAGUCGGAUCCGGCUCACCUGGCUUAGCUUCACCCUCUUCAUCAUCCUCGUUUUCUUCCCCCUSAUCGCCCACUACUACCUGACCACCAUCGACGACGCGGACGAUGCCGGCAAGCGCAUCUUCGGCCCCCGCACGGGCAACGAGCUGUGUGAGGUGAAGCACGUGCAGGACCUGUGCCGCAUCCGCGAGUCGGUCAGCGAGGAGCUGCUCCAGCUCGAGGCCAAGCGGCAGGAGCUCAACAGCGAGAUCGCCAAGCUCAACCUGAAGAUCGAGGCCUGCAAGAAGAGCAUCGAAAAUGCCAAGCAGGACCUGCUGCAGCUGAAGAACGUCAUCAGCCAGACGGAGCAUUCCUACAAAGAGYUGAUGGCUCAGAACCAGCCCAAGCUGUCCUUGCCCAUCCGGCUGCUGCCGGACAAGGACGACGCGACCUUCCCGCUGCCGAAAUCCAACAGGAACUGCAGGCUGCACAACUGCUUUGACUACUCCCGCUGCCCGCUGACGUCCGGCUUUCCGGUCUACGUCUACAACAGUGACGAUUACCCUUUCGGUAGCUCCUUAGACCCUUUAAUUAAACAGGCCUUUGAGGCGACUGUCAGAACUAAUGUUUAUGUUACUGAAAAUGCAAAUAUUGCUUGUGUGUAUAUAAUUUUAGUGGGGGAAAUGCAAGAGCCCGUGAUGCCAAAACCUACUGAACUAGAGCAACAGUUGCACUCUUUGCCAUAUUGGAGGACUGAUGGACACAACCAUCUCAUCAUCAAUCUGUCGAGGAAGUCGGAAACUCAGAACUUCAUUUACAACAUCAGCACGGGGCGCGCCAUGAUCGCCCAGUCCACCUUCUACGACGCCCAGUAUCGACCGGGCUUCGACAUCGUGGUGUCGCCUCUGGUGCACGCCAUGUCCGAGCCCAACUUCCUAGAAAUCCCGCCCCAGGUGCCGGUCAAGCGUAAGUACCUGUUCAGUUUCCAGGGGGAGAAGAUCGAGUCUCUCCGCUCCAGCUUGCAGGAGGUUCGCUCUUUCGAAGAGGAGAUCGAAGGCAACGCCCCGGCCGACUACGACGACCGGAUCAUCACCACCUUGAAGGCCGUUCAGGACAGCAAGCUGGACUUUGUGUUGGUGGAGUUCACGUGUAAGAACCAGCCCAAGGCGAGUCUGCCCACUGAGUGGGCUCUGUGUGGAGAAAGGGACGACAGACUAGAGCUACUGAAGCUUUCUACUUUUGCACUGAUCAUCACCCCCGGGGACACCCGUUUAGUGAUCUCCGCYGGGUGUGCCAUGAGACUGUUCGAGGCUCUGGAAGUCGGGGCCAUCCCGGUGGUUCUCGGAGAGCAGGUUCAGCUCCCCUACAACGACGUGAUCCGGUGGAACGAGGCAGCCUUAAUCAUACCAAAGCCACGUAUCACAGAAGUGCACUUCCUUCUGAGAAGCAUUUCUGACAACGAUCUCCUUGCCAUGAGGAGGCAGGGCCGCUUCUUGUGGGAGACCUACUUCUCCACCUCCGACAACGUCUUCAGCACAGUCUUAGCUGUCAUAAGGACUCGAAUCCAAAUCCCGGCCGCUCCCAUCCGAGAAGAACCCGCYGUGGAGAUCCCCCACCGGUCUGGCAAAGCUGCUGGCACGGACCCCAAUAUGGCAGACAAUGGUGACCUGGACUUGGGGCCUGUGGAGACAGAACCACCCUAUGCAUCCCCCAAAUAUCUCCGCAAUUUCACCCUCACCGCAAUGGAUAUCUACAGGAAUUGGAAUUCCGCUCCGGGGCCUUUCCACCUCUUCCCCUACACUCCCUUUGACCCCGUUUUACCAUCGGAGGCAAAAUUUUUGGGGUCUGGGACUGGAUUUCGACCGAUCGGUGGAGGAGCGGGUGGCUCUGGGAAGGAGUUCCAGGCUGCUUUGGGGGGCAACGUCCCGCGGGAGCAGUUCACGGUGGUGAUGUUGACUUAUGAGCGGGAGGAAGUGCUGAUGAACUCCCUAGAGAGGCUCAAUGGUCUCCCCUACUUAAAUAAAGUUGUGGUAGUGUGGAACUCUCCCAAGCUCCCCUCCGAGGAUCUCUUGUGGCCGGACAUCGGCGUCCCGAUCAUGGUAAGACAGAUGUGGCUACGAUGAUUUUGGGGGUUUGUG